GGCGCGGCUUGCGAUGGCUCGGCGCUCGGCUGGGGCGGCCUGGCCCACAAUGAAUGGCCGCCGCGGCUGCCGCUGCUGCUGAGGCGGAGGCCGCGGAGGCCGCGGAGGCGGAGGCCGAGGCCCCGGCGCAGGGGGGCGCGCCCCGGGCUCAGGCCCGGCCCCAGCCGCCGCUGCGGAGCCCGCCGGGAGCCCCCGAAGAGCGGCCAAGGCGCAGCCGCCGCCGCCAUGGCCCAGACCCUGCAGAUGGAGAUCCCGAACUUCGGCAACAGCAUUCUGGAGUGCCUAAACGAGCAGCGGCUACAGGGCCUAUACUGUGAUGUGUCAGUGGUAGUCAAGGGCCAUGCCUUCAAGGCCCACCGGGCCGUGCUGGCCGCCAGCAGCUCCUACUUCCGGGACCUGUUCAACAGCAGCCGGAGCGCCGUGGUGGAGCUGCCGGCAGCUGUGCAGCCCCAGUCCUUCCAGCAAAUCCUCAGCUUCUGCUACACAGGCCGGCUGAGCAUGAACAUGGGGGACCAGUUCCUGCUCAUGUACACGGCUGGCUUCUUGCAGAUCCAAGAGAUCAUGGAGAAGGGCACCGAGUUCUUCCUCAAGGUGAGCUCCCCCAGCUGCGACUCCCAGGGCCUGCACGCCGAAGAGGCACCGUCGUCCGAGCCCCAGAGCCCUGUGGCACAGACGUCAAGCUGGAUGGCCUGCAGCACCCCACUGCCCCUCGUGUCUCGUGUCAAGACAGAGCAGCAGGAGUCGGACUCCGUGCAGUGCACGCCCGUGGCCAAGCGGCUGUGGGACAGCAGCCAGAAGGAGGCUGGGGCCAGCGGCGGCAGUGGUGGCAAUGGCAGCCGCAAGAUGGCCAGGUUCUCCACGCUGGACCUGGCUGCCAACCGGCCACCCCAGCAGGCCCUGGUGGCAGCGGCAGCGGCGGCGGCGGCAGGGGGCGUGGUAAGCGGGCCCAGCAUGUCGGAGCGGACCAGCCCAGGCACCUCUAGCGCCUACACCAGCGACAGCCCCAGCUCCUACCACAAUGAGGAGGACGAGGAGGAGGAUGCGGGCGAGGAAGGCACGGACGAGCAGUACCGGCAGAUCUGCAACAUGUACACUAUGUACAGCAUGAUGAACGUCGGCCAGAGUGCUGAGAAGGUGGAGGCCCUCCCUGAGCAGGUGACCCCCGAGUCUCGGAAUCGCAUCCGGGUGCGGCAAGACCUGGCAUCUCUCCCGGCCGAGCUCAUCAAUCAGAUCGGUAACCGCUGUCACCCCAAGCUCUAUGACGAGGGCGACCCCUCCGAGAAGCUGGAGCUGGUGGCAGGCACCAACGUGUACAUCACAAGGGCACAGCUCAUGAACUGCCAUGUCAGCGCGGGCACGCGGCACAAGGUCCUGCUGCGGCGCCUCCUGGCCUCCUUCUUUGACCGGAACACACUGGCCAACAGCUGUGGCACUGGCAUCCGCUCUUCCACCAACGACCCCAGACGCAAACCGCUGGACAGUCGCGUCCUCCAUGCUGUCAAGUACUACUGCCAGAACUUUGCCCAAAACUUCAAGGAGAGCGAGAUGAACGCCAUCGCGGCCGACAUGUGCACCAACGCCCGCCGGGUUGUGCGGAAGAGCUGGGUCCCCAAGGUGAAGCUGCCUGAGGGCGAUACCUACACCACCUUCAUCAAUGACACAGGCAAGCUGGAGCCGGACAUGAUGGGCGUGGAGCACAGCUUUGAAACGGCCAGCCACGACGGCGAGGCCGGCCCCUCGGCGGAGGCCCUCCAGUAACAGCCCUCACCAGGCCCUGCUUGGGGCCAUGACACUCCCCUUCCUAUC